UGAACAUUUACCAAACAGUGGCCGAGGGUGCAAGCCGAGGCGCGGAACUGAGCCGGGCUGAAUUUAUGUUUCCCACGCGACACAUGCCGUAGCCCAGUUUGUGCAGUUAAUAGGUCAGUGGGCAUCUACUUGGAGAAUACGGAGUGUAGGACGAAACGUGCACACGGGAGGAGGAUAAUGCAGUGCACUCCGGAAUCCAUCGUCUACCUCCAGAGCUGCAAAAGCCAGCAUCGUUAUGACGAUUGCUCUGACAGCGGAUUCUCUGGAUUAUUCCACAGCCCAAAGAGCGUCAGUGGAGCGGACUCCUUUCGCUCUUUGUCUCCAGUGGAAUUCAAUGAAACACCUAAAGAGAACAUCUGUCUGUCUGUCACACCCAAGGAGAGCACCAGGGAGCCAGUUAGCUAUGUGUGCAAAGACCCCAGGGGUCUCCAGCGGCCACCAGCGGUCAGCUGGUGUGAAACUCCUAAAGUCUACAAAAGACACGCCCUGAUGCGACACAGAAUUCUAAUGUGCAAACCCUCCACAGAUGUCAAAGCUGACCACACCCGAUCCCCGCGUAGCAGAAAGACUGAAUCUUCCAUCAGCGUUCGGUCUGAACACUGGCUCGACGCAUCCUUCGACUCCCUAGACACUUUAAAAUUGCAGCCUGACUUGGAGCUCUCUGGUAGGAAACGCCGUCUCCUCUUCAAUCAAGUGAGGACCUCGACUCUUGAAGACGGCAAACAACACUCCGGUUACCUUUGCAGUUUUGAGGGAAGCGCCUCUCUCUCAGAUGCAGAUUUUAACGACAGCAUUUCCGCCUCUGAUCAAAUUGAUAUCGAGACUCCGAGCUUUGUCGAAUCCUUGCCUACUCCAUCUAAGGAAACUUCUCAAUCACCGGUCAGCAGUGUCUCAAAUAACCAAUAUGACAGCGCAAGUUCUUUGUGCUCACCCUCAUCCUCACGCACACCCAAAUAUAUCAGGUCUGUGUGUGAAGACAGUGGCUUUGGUUCCUUGACCCUUGAUAAAUCCCAAGACUCAUCAGUGGACCAUGAUGGCUCAUUCCUGGAGCUGCUGUCUACCUCCAGAGGAAACCCUGAAACUCCAAAUCUGACAGAUGCAAGGCGGCGCUCCCGUUUACAGCGUCAGAAUAGGCUUUCUACUCUUAAAGAAGGGGGCUCUCAGUCCGAGGAAGACCCAGCGGAGAGAAAGCACAGGCAGCUCCGUCAGAGCCUUUCUACAGAUGAGGUUUUUUCUCACAGUGCCCUUUCUGCUAUAUGUAGUGAUAGCAUGACAUCCGAUUGUUGGACCUUUGCAAGGCAAGACGAUGCCACACCAAUAAGAUCGACUACAGCCAGGCCAGAACACCUGACUCCCCUAAACACGGCUCCUGUUAACCUGGAUGCCACGCCUCUCAGGGAACCCCCUGUCAAUCUCUCUCUGACUCCAGCUCUGCAGCUGAUUCAUGCCAUGUGCCAGCUCAACUCCCGAAUGUUUGUUGGUCAAAGUCCAAGCCUAAAGGAGCAGCUGAAGUCCACUGAAGCGCUAGCUCAGACCCCAGUGACCUUGACGACCACCAUGCCGCUGGCAGGGCUGAUCGGCAGAAAGAUGGGCCUGAGAAAGGUAGACAUACUCACGGAGCUGAGGAAGAGGAACCUGGGGCACAUCCUCUGCAUCAUCCUAAGCCACCUCUCCUCUGAAAGCAUCUACAUGUUUGGUCGAGUGUCCAAAGAAUGGAAUCAAAUCAUCCAUCAAGACAAGCGAGCUAGUAUUAGGAGAAAAAACUACCUGAGUGAUGUGGAGGCUGCUAUUGAGCUCGGUGGUGCCGUCCAUGUCCCUGACGCAGAGACACGGCAUUCUCUUCCCAAAAGGUCGGCCCUGAAGACGGUUCAGGCUCAGUCUAGAACUUCCAGCUUCUGCACCCCAAAGUCAGGAAAUAGCACUUUAACCCCAUCCCAGCACAGCGCCUUGAAAUCAGGCAGCAGCAAACGAGAUAAAUUUUUAGAAGUUGCCCAGACCCUCUUCAACGAUGAGUGCCUCAAGCCAUGCCCUCGAUGUCAGCAUCCUGCGAGGUGUCACUCAGUGAAGCAGGAGGGCGUGUGCAGCAGAGCAGACUGUGAUUUCCGGUUCUGCACGGCCUGCUUGUGUGCUUUCCACGGCUCCAGAGAGUGUGGCAGCCAAUCUGUGGGCCGACGCAAGAAGGACAUACUUCUGCCAGGAAGUGCACAAAGCAAGCGAAAUGUGAGGAGACUAUGAGCAGAAAGUCUACUGUAUUCUUGCAUGUUAUGCUGAGGUCACUUCUAUUUUUUUUUUUUUGUCUAAUGGUGAACAGCAUAGCAACAAGGAAAGUGACGAGUACCCCAAACAUGACAGCAACUUCCUUACCUAUCAAUGUAUUUGUGCCCGUUUUGUACUUUUACUGUAUUUUCACUGCUUUUUCAACACAUUUCUUGUGUUUUUUUAAUUAUGAAUAUGAAGUCUUGCCGGCAGAACAAUGACUGAAUUUUUCUGCAUUUUUUUCAUGUACACUGUACAAAAUGUUUUGAAUUCUUCCCGAAUAUCCAGCUUUUACCAAUGUGUUUUCAGAGCAGUUUUUAAAUAAAUUUGAUUUCUUUUA